AUGACAAAUUUCAAGAUCCAAAUCAUCUCCGACAGCGUCUGUCCCUGGUGCUAUGUCGGCUACCGACGCCUUUCCCGCGCAAUUAACAUCCACAAAGCCAACAACCCAGCUGACACAUUCACUCUCAACUGGCGCGCAUUCUACCUAAACCCAAACUCACCAAUAUUCCCUGGUAUCAACAAGAAAGACUGGUACGUGGAGAAGUUCGGGGCAGAGCGCUUCAAGGCUAUGUUCGCACGACUAUCAGCCGCGGGCGAGGCCGAUGGGAUUGCAUUUAAUUUUGGAGGGAAUACGGGAUCGACGCGGGAUUCCCAUCGUGUUAUUUGGUAUGCUGGUGAAGAGGAGCUUAAAGGUACUCAAGCAGCAGGUACAGGGACGGGUGUUGGCGGAUUGCAGACCCGGGUCGUGGAGAACCUGUUCCGAGCUUACUUUGAGGAGGAGAAGAAUAUUACGGAUGUGAAGAUUUUAAUUGAGGCGGCUGUUCAAGCUGGGCUGGAUGGUGGGGAGGUUACUAAGUUGCUUGAGUCUGGUGAUGGGGCGGAGCAUGUUGAUGCGGAGGCGUUCGCGGCGUCUAGGAGGUUGGUCUCUGGGGUUCCGCAUUUUACAGUGCAGGGGAAAUAUGUGGUUGAAGGGGCGGAUGAACCAGAGACAUUCUUGAAUAUUUUUGAGCAAGUGAAGCAGGAUGAGUAA